AUGGCUUCCAAGAGAAUCAUGAAAGAACUGGCGGAGUUGAAGAAAGACCCUCCUGCAGCUUGUAGUGCUGGGCCUGUUAAUGAUAACAUGUUCGAAUGGCAAGCCACUAUUAUGGGCCCUCCAGACAGUCCUUAUGCUGGAGGAGUUUUUCUUGCAACUAUUCAUUUCCCGCCCGAUUAUGCAUUCAAACCACCAAAGGUAGCUUUCAAAACUAAAGUUUACCAUCCAAAUAUCAACAGUCAAGGUAGCAUUUGUCUGGAUAUUCUCAAGGCGCAAUGGAGCCCUGCCCUCACAAUUUCAAAGGUAUUGUUUAGUUCGACUUGUAACUUUUUAACGGUGCUGCUUUCUAUCUGUUCCUUGCUAACUGAUCCAAACCCGGACGAUCCCCUUGAGGCUGAGAUUGCUAAACAAUACAAGACUAACCGGAGCAAGUACGAGAUCACUGCACGAUCCUGGACUCAAAAGUAUGCUAUGGGUUGAAGUUACACCGAGUAGUAAUAAUAGUAGUAGAAAACAACAGCAUAUGCUGACACUUUAAACUCUAAUCACUUUACUAUAUCUCCU